ACCAGGCGAGGGACCUCCUGUGGCGGGGGUGAAGCUCGGUUGCUUUCAAUGAAACAAGGGGGAGAAUAGUAAUGCGUAGGGAUGUAAGAUGGCAGAGCUACAAAUGUUGUUAGAGGAAGAAAUUCCAGCUGGGAAGAGAGCCUUAGUCGAGAGCUACCAGAAUCUUUCAAGGGUUGCCGAAUAUUGUGAGAAUAAUUAUGUGCAGGCGCCAGAUAAGAAGAAAGCUUUGGAGGAGACCAAAGCUUACACCACCCAGUCUCUGGCCAGCGUGGCCUACCAGAUCAACGCCUUGGCCAACAAUGUCCUGCAGCUGCUGGACAUCCAGGCAUCCCAGCUGCGCAGGAUGGAGUCCUCUAUAAAUCACAUCUCCCAGACUGUCGAUAUCCACAAAGAAAAAGUUGCCAGGCGAGAGAUUGGCAUUUUGACCACCAACAAGAACACGUCCCGGACCCACAAGAUAAUUGCCCCUGGCAACAUGGAGCGGCCAGUGCGUUACAUCAGAAAGCCCAUAGAUUACACGCUUCUGGACGACGUGGGUCACGGCGUUAAAUGGCUAAAGGCAAAGCAAGGGAACAGCCAGCCUGCCAGAGCAGGGGGAGGAACUUUAUCGAGGACCAAUCCACCAACACAGAAACCUCCUAGCCCGCCCAUGGCAGGGCGGGGAACCUUGGGACGGAACACACCCUACAAGACUCUGGAGCCUGUCAAGCCUCCCGUGGUGCCUAACGAUUACAUGACCAGCCCAGCACGACCGGGCAGUCAGAACAGCCCCGGACGCACAGCAUCGCUCAACCAACGGCCAAGAACACACAGUGGAAGCAGUGGAGGCAGUGGGGGUCGGGAGAACAGCGGUAACAGCAUGGGAAUCCCUCUGGCUGUUCCAACACCUUCCCCCCCCAGCAUGGCACCAGUGGUUCCCCCAGGUCCAGGUCUGGGUCCUGUUCCAAUGUCUCAGUUUGGUACCAUCUCUCGGCAGAUCUCCCGACACAACUCCUCCACCUCUUCCUCCUCUGCCUCCAUGGUGUCAGCCACUGGCACCUACCGCCGCGCCCCCUCCAGCUCCUCCCAUUUCUCCGUGCCCCAGCCCCACCUCAACGGAGGUCCCACUUAUUCCCAAACCCCAGUGCCUGCCGCUGCUCCACCCCCUCCUGUAGUACAGCUUACUCCCCAGAUUCCUCUCACUGGAUUUGUGGCCAGGGUUCAGGAGAAUAUAUCAGACAGCCCCUCCCCUCCACCGCCCCCGCUCCCUGAAGACACGCCCAUCUUUGAGGAGGCAGCUCCGCCUCCUCCCCCUCCGCCUGUCGAUUAUGAGGAAGAGGAUGGCGCGCUGGUGCACUACAAUGAUCCUUAUGCUGACGGAGACCCUCACUGGGCCCCAAAGUCCUACAUAGAGAAGGUGGUGGCCAUCUACGACUACACCAAGGACAAGGACGAUGAGCUUUCCUUCAUGGAGGGCGCCAUCAUCUACAUCAUCAAAAAGAACGAUGAUGGCUGGUUUGAGGGCGUGUGCAACGGUGUCACCGGCCUGUUUCCCGGCAACUACGUUGAGUCCAUCAUGCACUACGCCGACUGAUGCCAUCAUAAGACAAAUGUUACAAAAGUGCAUUAGCAUUAUGACCGAAUGUUCGUUUUUGUCCAAAUACCAAUGUAUUUAAGUAUUUACUAUGCUCAGUGUAUUGAGGGACUGGGUGUACAUGAGCACAGGCAAAUGUGGGAAGAAUAGGAACAGGUUUUCACUUCUUUCUGGUUAGCUCUUUUUGUCAAAUAUUUUGUACAUACAGUACUGUAAGAAGCCUGUAGGUUGUUACUAGUGUGCAUUUUGUGGGUGUUUUGUCAGUGUAACAAGGCCAGUAUGCCACUGUGCCAGCUAGGGCCUGUUUUUUAUUCAAAAGUGCUCGUUGGCUUUUGUUUGUUUUGAUUGAUUUUGUUUUUAAUCGGACUGCCAGACUCAUCUCAGUCAAAAUGCUCCUGAAAUUGAAAUGUGAUUCAUACCUGGCUAAUGAAUAGGCACCCUCACUCCUCAAAAAAACCCAGGAAAAAUUAUUCUUACCAUUUCCCACUUCGAUGUUUGCCUGCGUUGUUAUUUUGCCUUUGUCAGGCCAAGGCAGAAUAAGGAGGCAGGAUUACUCUGAAACUCCUCUUCAAAUGUCCUUGUUUGUGUAACAUAACACCAAACUAGCAGUGGCCAAUCAGCUACACCCCUGAGUGAUGGAGCUUCAUGGUAAUCAGGCUCAGUGUUGGGAACCAUUUUAUUCACUCCCCAAGCUACUCAAAUAUUAAAAGGUCUAAAGAAACCAUCGAAAGAUAUUAACAUGCACAAAUGUCAGUUUAGUUACACUUUGCAUCCCAGUGAUCUUUGUGGAUCACUAUUUGCAUUGUUGAAUUAUUUUGUCCAUUUUUGUCAUUGGUUCCUAUUAUGAUAGGUCUGAAACAAAAACAGAACAUGGGCUUUAAUCAUGCCUGCAUCAGUUUCAGCCAGCUCUGGACACAAACUUAAUUCCUGCCUUCACUUGGUCGAAACAGAAUCAGAAGCAAUGUCUCAGAUGCUGUUGAAGGCUGAAAAACAAUGUGAGGUUUUUAUUGUACUAAUUAAAUCAAAUUAAAUAUUCAUGAGAAUGUUAGAACUGUGUGAAUUAUGACUAGUCAUUGGCAGUAAGGCACUGCCAGAGGAUGUGCAAACAAUUGGUAAGGCCUCAGAGACGAUCUUAUCCCUCAUCAUCUUUUAUAUAAUGUUUUCUCAAUUUAUGUACAGUCUUUUUUAUAAUAAAGCACUGUCCUGCGUACCAUGGUG